AUGUUCAUUAAUUGCACGUGUGUUCAAUGUGCUGUGUUGCUAGGUAAUAGUGUAGAUUCUUCGUCCGCUUUUAGUAAAGGAUUAAACAAAACUACAAUGGAUCCUUCCCUACUCUCCUCACUACUUGAUGAGUCACAAGUGCGUGGGUAUCUCAGAGACAAUGCAAUUCACAUGCAAGUCAAAGCCGGCACGAAAAUAAAGAACCUGACUGAGUAUGUUUCAAAGAGGCUUGAAAACGGUGACUGUGAUCAAAUAUUUUGUUGGGGCUUGCCGAGGGCUAUUGAAAAAGUUGUUCCUUUUGCGGAGAAAGUCAAGAGUAUUUGGCUUGCCAAGUUUGCAACCUCCUCCGACUCUCCUAGUCUCUACCAAUGCACUCGACUCUUUUUUCAUCCCAUCGAAAUGAAAAUUGAGAAUUACUUAGUUAAGGCGAACAAACCCGCUAUGGUGAUACUACUCUCCCGUCAAAAGUUGGUCGAAACCGGUGGUCCAGAGGCGGUUUCAGUCAUUCCUAUGGCUGAACAAGAAAUUCCUGCUACAGAAACGCCUUUUCCUAGUCGUCGAAAGAAGUGCCAUCAACAGAAGAAACGACGGCGCGAGGAGAGGGACGGAGGCGGUGGCACCGCUCAGAAUAUGGCUAGAUCGAAGAAUAAGAAGAGGAAGGCGAAGCAGACGCAGGAGGAGCGAAAAGGUGUGGAGCGGAGUACCUCUGAAGAGCGCGUGUUCGAUCCCUGCCACCGUCUUAUUCCGGCCAAUAAACUGGCUGGAUUGGCGGUGGCCAAAAUUAAGGAUGUUAACCAGUCUCCUAUGGCAAUUCACACGUCUUCAUGUGAGUACCAUCUCGCAUUGGUGAUGACAGUCUUCAACUCACUAAACAAGUCUGUUGAUGUGGCCAUGUCUUACAUUCUACCCACCGCCAUCACCACAACCAACUUCAAGAGUGAAGAUCAGCGGUUUGACGUGGCCAGAACUACUGUCGGUGGUCGUCCACUCCUCAAGCGCAGGCCCAAACAGCCCGCGAUGCGUUCGCAUUCUAUGACACGGUCUAGUGCUUCAAAAUUGAUUAUUAAUGCCUCAAUUUCAAGCAUAUUCUUUGGUGACUGGAGAAGCUAUUCGUCAUCCCCUUCUUUGGGGGCUUGA